AUGGGAAGACUCAGCAUUUGUGUGUUUGUUUUGCUAUGCGUAUUUGCGGCUAAAGCAGCCGCACAAACCGCUUCUAACGUAAGGGCAACUUACCAUUACUACUAUCCCGAACAGAACGGUUGGGACCUUUACAAAGUAAGUGCGUAUUGCUCGACUUGGAAAGGAAACCAACCGCUCGAAUGGCGUAGGAAGUACGGUUGGACAGCUUUUUGCGGCCCGGCUGGACCGCGAGGUCGUGAUUCUUGCGGAAGAUGCUUAAGGGUGACGAAUACUGCGACCGGAACACAAGCGACAGUGAGAAUCGUGGAUCAGUGCAGUAACGGCGGUUUGGAUUUAGACGAUGGCGUUUUCAGACAGCUCGAUACUAACGGUCAGGGAUACGCUCGUGGGCACCUAAUUGUCAACUAUGCGUUUGUCAAUUGCUAA